AACACACAACCUUUGGACCCCUUUGCGUGUACAAAUGCAUUACCUUCACGGCUACUAUUACAACUAAUUUUUUUAAUUUAUAAUAAUAAUAACCAAUAUGGCUACACAAAUCGAAAGUGUACAUCUUUAAAUUUAAAAUUUUCUAAAAAUUUUUCCAAAAUUUUCUAAAUAAGAAUGAAAUUUUUUUCAUAAAUUUAAAUAUAUAUAGGGAUAAUAGUGUAAGAAAAAAAAUAAAUUCCGGGACGGUCAGUGAACGAAGUAAACAAGAUUUUUCCGCAAAUGAGUCAGAGAUCAAGGUACAUUUUGCGUGAAAUAACAAUUCAGAAUCAGUUGAUCGUGUCGCCGCGAACAGCAAAAUAUCCGAUGUAAAAAAAUUUUAAAAUGGACCCGGAAAUACAGGAUCCUAUUUAUCGUAUACAAGCUGUUGAUCGGGCAUUACAAAUUCCAAGUGUUAAUUAUCUUUGGGAUAAAUCAACUGAGGUUUAUGGCAAGGUAAAAGGUGCCAAUCAAUUGACAAAUUGGGCAUUUGGCAGAGUUGAGAAUGUCGUCAGUACUGUUCUUGAGAAAUCGUUACCAGUUGCCAGGUUAAUGGAAAAACCAAUAUAUACAUUGGACAAAACACUAUGUCAAGGUCUUGACUUUGUCGAAGUAAAAUUACCAAUUAUUAAAGAGGAACCAAAAGAAAUCUUCGAUCGAACAAAAUCAAUAGUAUCCAAACGUCUUCAACCUGCCGUUCAGACAUUUAAGGAUUUCAAACAAGAAACGAAGCAACGUGUGAGAAUUAUUACAUUACGAACAUAUUAUAAGGCACAUUAUUUGAGAAUUUACAGUUGGCAGAAAGCUGACAAAAUGAUGUCCACCGAAACUGGAAUUAAUAUUUUAAAAACUGUCGAUAAUACCACAGAUCUUGCUGAAUUAAUGUUGGACAAAUAUUUACCAAAUCCUUUAUAUGAAACUCAUAAACAUAUAGAAAGUGAAUGCAGCGAGCAUGCAAAAUUGCAUCAUACAGUAAUAAGGUUAAGUGAAUUCAGCAACAGAGCAUCGAGAAGAAUCUAUUUGGCCUUAAUUGAAAGACUGCAGCAUAUGUAUAAAAUAGAAAUUUUAAUAUUAUUACUUCAUGUUUUAAUUGUAUUUCAAAUAAUCAAAUGUUUCGAAUGGAUGAUUACUCUCUUUUGUAAAACAAUAAGUAAUUUCGUUUUCUUUGGUCUCAUGUAAAAAAAAAACAAUAAUUAUAUUCCGUCAUAUCUAAAAUAAUAAGCGAUUUUUUUAUAUAUAUAGAAAGUGGUGUGUAAUUAAUUUUGUAUUAAAAAAAACAUUUAAUCUUUCGUC